AUGGGCAUUCACGUACUUCCAAAUAUAUCUCUCAACUGGUCUUCCGAUCCUAUGUUCCGUGUUGCAGAGAUUGCUAAUGUUAUGACAGUAAAGAGAUUUAAAAAGGUUUUGGCAAAUUUACACCUAAACGACAACAGUCAAGUGCCCAAGAGAGGUGAAGAAGGGUAUGAUAAACUUUACAAAAUAAGACCUAUGAUCAAAAUUUUGAAUACUGCUUUCCAAAGUGGUGGAGUGUGCUCAUCAUCGCAAAGCAUAGAUGAGUGCAUGAUUAAAUUCAAAGGGCGUAGCACUCUGAAGCAGUAUAUGCCAAAAAAACCAAUAAAACGGGGCUUUAAAGUGUGGUCUCGCUGUGACAGUCUGACUGGAUAUUUGUAUCAGUUCGAAAUUUAUACUGGAAAAAAUAUGACGCCACUACAGAGGUUGGAUUAG